AAAAUGUGUGUUAAGAUUUGGUCACCAUUGCUCUUGGAUAGAAAUUGUGUUGGAAAUUUCAAUCAUAAUUACGUUUUAUUAUUUAUGACUGAUUCAGUUAUUGGAUGUUUUUACUUAGCUCUCGUUGGAUGGAAACCAUUUUUAUUGAGUUUGGAAGAACCUGGAGUGCGGUGGAUGCCACGUCCUUAUAUGGCUUUACCAUUUUACUUCGGUUGCAAUUGGCCUGGCUUUGGGGGGGAUGUGCUCAUGACAUACUAUCUAGUAAGUCAAACCCACUGUCUUAAUAAUAUAGAAGGUGAAAAAAGUUGA